GCGCCGCUCCGAUGAUGGCAAUUUAUAAUAUUAAAUAAACGCUCGACCGGUUUAAAAACGGCGCCCUCGUACGAUUCGCACACCACAAAACCGAUCGCACUGUGCCGCUAACCAUAUACGCAUUAUCGAUCGCAACAGGAAAAUACAAUUGUACUUACCUCGCCGACUAUUGUGAUUUUCUUUUUAAUUUCUCGCCGGAAAUCGCCAUCGUGAGCCCACGUAAUAUAUAUGGGACGUACUACUGCAGCUAUGAUGCGCACCGGAAUGCCUUUGGUAUCGAGCGCUGCUGCGGUGAUGAUGUUCGCAUUGGCUGUGUGGCCGGGGCCCGUCCCCGCGGGAUGCGCGAGGAUAUUGGCCGUGGAGACUGUGGGCGGCAGGAGCCACUGGAACUUCAUGAGUGGCAUUAUCAGAGCACUGGUGGACAACGGGCACACGGUCACCGCGUUCACGCCGUUCUUGGACGGUGACCGGGACAAUUACACGGAGGUGGACAUAUCCAGAGGGUUUCCGGUGGGCCUGAACCUGGACCUGGUCGGGCUCUUGAACCACUUCCGCAACCCUUUCUGGACGUAUGGCGCUUUCGUGGAAAUGGGUCGGUCGCAGUGCGACGUGAUAUACGGCAGCGACGAGAUGAGAAAACUGCUGCAGGACCGACCACAGUCGUCGGCCGCGGGCUUCGACGCCGUGCUCAUCGAAUCGUUUUGGUCCGAGUGCAUGUCUUACGCGGCCGCUCGGCUCGGUUUGCCGCUCAUAUACGUCACGCCGCAGCCGAUGAUCGCGUUCAUGGAGCACGCCAUCACCGGUCACGUGUCCAACCCCGCCGCCGUAUCCAACCUGAUGACCGUUCACGCCGUCCCCGAGACGUUCAUGGAAAGGCUGAGCAACGUAGCGUUACUCGUCUGCGGUUCGGCCUUGCAACGGUACAAGGAGCUCGUGCUCAAGUACACCGAACCGCCCAAAGAGUACGAUCUACUCGAUCCAGUGCCACCGUCUUUGGUGUUCGUCAACAGGCAUUUCAUAAGCGAUGCCCCGAGUCCGGUGCCCAGGAACGUCGUUGACGUGGGCGGUAUACAUCUGAAAGAGGCCAAGAGUUUGCAAAAAGAUGUAUUAGAAUUCAUCGAACAAUCGCCUCAUGGAGUAAUUUAUUUCAGUUUUGGUUCAACAGUAAAAAUGUCUACAAUACCGGAAAGCGUAAAAAAAGCGUUGACAAAGGCGCUCGCACGCGUCCCACAAAGAGUGUUGCUAAAAUACGAAGAUAAAAUGGAAGACAAACCAAAAAAUAUGAUGACGAAACAAUGGCUUCCCCAACGCGAUAUACUUUUGCACCCCAAUGUGAAACUGUUCAUCAGUCACGGAGGUAUUUCUGGGCUAUACGAAGCCGUGGACGCCGGUGUCCCAGUCCUAGGAUUUCCUUUGGUCGGCGACCAACCGAGAAAUAUUGACAACCUGGUGAACGCCGGCAUGGCUAUUUCAAUGGACCUACUGUCCGUCACCGAAGACUCGUUCUUAAACAACGUAAUAGAACUCCUCAACAACAAAAAAUACUCAGAGAGCGCUAAAAACGCUAUGAAAAUAUUCAAAGAUCGACCCAUGUCGCCGGAAUCGUUGGUUGUUUACUGGACAGAGUACGUCCUACGCCACCGUGGAGCUCCGCACUUGCAGUCUCGCGCCUUAAAUCUGCCGUGGUAUCAAUAUUACCUGUUGGACGUGAUAGGUUUCGCGAUUUCUUUCAUAUCCCUCAUCGUUUUCGUAAUCUACAAUAUUUUUAAAUAUUAUGCUGUAUAUACAAAACUUUUAGAUCGCUCGCGAAACGUCAAAGCACAUAGUGAAUAA